CCACAAAAUACUUUAUUGCUCCUUGUUUAAUAAAUAGAUUAAUAGACCAACUUAGUUCAUAAAAAAAAAAAUAAACCAAUUCAGUCACAUUACAUAUAUAUAAUAUUAUAUAUAAAAAUAGACCAAGCUCAAGUAUUAUAAAAUCCUCUCCACUCCAUACAUUCAUUACAAGCAAUACUUUUCUCUCUUUCUCUAUCUCUCUCUAAAAAAUAUUGAAAUGGGUAGCUUUGACUUGGUAAACUCAAAUGGCAAUCUUUUCAAUCCAGAAGAAUUUCGUAAACAAGCUUACCAAGUAGUGGAUUUCAUAGCCAACUACUAUACCCAAAUUGAGUCUUACCCAGUUCUUAGCCAAGUCAAACCGGGUGAUAUCAGAAACCAAUUACCUAAUACAGCUCCAUCUCAAUCAGAACCUCUCCAAGCUAUUUUGAAAGACAUUACCAAUGUCAUAAUCCCAGGCAUGACACAUUGGCAGAGUCCCAACUUUUUCGCAUUCUUCCCGAAUAACGUCAGCACUGCUGCCCUUCUCGGGGAAAUGCUAUGCACCGGUUUCAAUUGUCCCGGGUUUAGCUGGCAGGUAUCUCCGGCCAUUACUGAGCUCGAGAUGGUCGUCAUGGAUUGGCUAGCGAACAUGAUCAAUCUUCCAAAAUCUUUUCUUUUCUCGGGUGGUAGCGGUACUGGCGGCGGAAUCAUUCAGAAUACGACUAGCGAUGCAAUCAUCAUGACCCUACAUGCCGCACGUGACAGAGCGAUAAAGAAAAUCGGGACAGAGAACAUGUUGAAACUCGUUGUCUAUGGGUCUGACCAGACCCAUUCGACAUUUGAAAAAGUUUCUAAGGCUAUGGGAAUAAAUCCGAAUAAUAUCAGAUUAAUUCCCACAGUCAUGGAGAAAGGUAGACCUUUCUCCAUGUGUCCUAUCAAGUUAAGAAAAGAAAUAGAGAAUGACGUGGCAAAAGGAUUAGUCCCACUUUAUUUGUGUGGAAGUGUGGGGACCACAUCAACCAACGCUGUCGAUCCACUUGAGCAACUUGCUGACGUGGCGACAGAGUAUGGGAUGUGGUUCCACGUGGACGCAGCCUACGCUGGAAGCGCUUGCAUUUGUCCUGAGUUUCAACAUUUUUUCAACGGGAUUGAGCGAGCUGACUCAGUUAGUAUGAACCCACACAAGUGGCUUCUGACUGGCCUAGGUUGUUGUUGUUUGUGGGUUAAAAGAUCAGAUUUGAUUGUGAAAGCGAUGCGAGUCGAACCCGAGUACUUAAAAAACGAAUGGAGUAGUUCUACCGAGUCCAACCCGGUGGUGAACUUCAAAGACUGGCAACUAGGCGCAUCUCGAAAAUUCAACUCAAUCCGAUUAUGGAUUGUGCUUCGUAGCCACGGUGUUGAGAAUCUUCAAAACCAUAUUCGAUCCGAUGUUCAAAUGGUAGCCGAUUUCGAAAUGUUUGUAAAAUCCGACCCAAGAUUUGAGAUUGUGGUGCCAAGAUUGUUUGCUCUUGUGUGCUUUAGGCUCAUAAACCCUAAUAACAAUAAUUCUAAAGAUGCUAAUGAGUUGUUAAACCGAAAGCUUCUUGAUUUUGUUAACUCAUCUGGAAAGAUUUAUGUGUCUCACACUAUAGUGGGUGGGAUAUAUAUGUUGAGAUUUUGUGUGGGAACUAUGUUUACAGAAGAGUGCCACGUCAUCGCCGCAUGGAAAUUAAUACAAGAGGGAGCCACUCAACUACUUAAAAAUUAAAAAUUAUAUUUGUUUAUAUAUAUUUUUAAGUUAAUAUGUGCAAUUGAUAUUGCUUGCUUUUAAUAAAUGCGUGUUUUGUAUCUGAGUGAUUAUUAUUAUUAUUAUUGUUGUCUGCAAUGAAUUGGCUGUGAUUGAAAA